ACUGAUUCAUUGCGAAAAACCAAAAACUUGAUUCAUUGCAAAAAACCAAAAACUAAGUGAGGCACAAAUUGAAGAAGAUUCAUUGCGAAAAACCAAAAACUAAGUGAGGCACAAAUUGAAGAAAUCAAAGCUGAUGUAGCCGCAAACCUAGCAACACAAUGUGAACCGGGUGUCACCAGAAAAACCCAAAAUACCAAUAACAACCAAAACUCCCCUACCACAAUGAAUAAUGCAGCCAACCACACCCAGAGAGUACAAUGGACCGAAGAGGAAUACAAAGAAGUCAUAUGGUGCCAUUGGUUUGUUAAGGAAAACACGGGCAUCCACAACAUAAAGGCCACCUACGAGCUAUGGAGGCAACGAAACCCUAAUGCCCGCCUGCAUCUCAACGCUAAUAAGCUAGCCACGCAACGAAGAUACAUCGAGAACAAGAAAAAACUAACCGAACAACAGCUUCAAGAAAUUAAAGACGAUGUUCACUCCACCAUAGAAGCAUCCACUGACCAACACACAACUGAAAGCUCACCAGGUGAUGCCACAAACGACGAGAACCGCCCGUCGAGACGGAAUGAUCCAACUGACACCAGGGAAUCAGAGUCAACGCCAAACAUACCUCAAACCAACGAAACUCCCAGAAGAAGUAAGCAGCUAAGAAUACCAUCUCCAGAACCAGAACACGAAACAACUCCCCAAGAGCAGAACACGGCGAGCACACUAGAAACAACGACCUCUACAUCAAAGCUAAGAAGCGUGUAUCAAGAAGUUCUCGAGAUGAAUCUGGAAGAAAGAGAGCCGAUAAGGAAAAUAAAGGGGGCGAAAAAAGACCAAGAAAUCAUCAUGCGAACUAACAAUGAAGUACAAAAUAUGCUUGAGAGCGAAGAAAAUCUCGACCUGUGGAAAAUCAACUGCUUGCUCUACGCUGCAGCCCUCACAAUCAGUGACGAGUCGAAUUAAGAUUUUCAAGAAUAGAAAACUAAAAAAAAAACCAAAAAAGAAAUAAGAGAGAUGAAAGAGAGGGGACUAUUCCAUGUUAAGGAAACUCCGAACUAUAUUGCAGGUGCUGAGAAUAACUGACUUCUGCAUGGUGUGGAGAAGGUGAUCUGGGAGUUUCAGCUCUUUGAGGUGUUUAAUUAGGCUCUCCGGUACGACUCCCUGUGACGGACAUGAUAAAAGGCCUGAUAGAGACAAUGUCCAUGGCCCAAAUUCUCUUAAUUUCCACAGAGAGAGGCAUAUAUUUUGAUAUCUUUUCCUCAUACUUCGACAACAAAUUGUGUCCGUUAGGGAUGCUAAAAUCCAAGAGCUGCACAACACGCGCCUGCUUAUCUAUCAAGAUGACGUCAGGUCUAUUAGCCAUAACCAUCCUAUCAGUUAGGACUGGGUUGUUCCAAUACAGGCGAUAUUGCUGAUUCGCUUUAUUUAUUAUUAUAAUUAUUAUUAUUAUCAUUAUCAUUAUUAUUUCUUAAAUGACUAUAAAAGCUAGGGCCACGAAUUGCUGCAUGAAGUUCGAGAAACAGAUCAAGCAAAGCGGGAAAUAAUACAAUAUGUGUAAUAAUGGGCUGGAAAAAGAAGGUCAUUUUCAACAGGUCGAUAAUUUGUAGUAAGAGUGAUGGUAAGCAGGAAGGAUAAAAUAGUAGGAUUAAGUAAUCACUUUUUAAGAUUUAAGCACUAAGCUAAAAUAUGCUCUGUCUUCCAUCAGGUGUUGAUGUCCCUGGGAGUCCAUUUACACUGCGUGUGGCAGGGGUGCCUGAUGCAAGUAAAGUUCGCGUCUAUGGUCCAGGAAUAGAACAUGGUGUACUUGCAACAUUCCAAUCUCGCUUUAUUUGUGACACGCGAGGAGCAGGUGCUGGACAGCUCACAGUGCGAGUAAGAGGGCCAAAAGGUGCAUUCAGAGUUGAAAUGAGGCGUGAAAGUCAAAAAGAUAGAACCAUCCUAUGUAAAUUUGAUCCGACCGAACCAGGAGAUUAUAGAGUCGAGGUUAAGUGGGCUGGUGAGCAUGUUCCAGGAAGCCCAUUUAUGGUUAUGAUUUUUGACACCCAGGAAGAGCUGAACAGAUUUCUACAAGGAAGCCAUUCACCAAACUCUGAGCUCUAUGGAAGCGUUGCUUAUUCCACAGGAUAUGCUCACAUAACUCCAUAAUCAUACAUAGGUGUCAAAUUAUGUGCUGUAAAUGCUAUCAGGAACUAAGAAUUGACAGGUGAAAAGCACAUAUGGAUGAAUUCCAAAACAUUCUGUUCGUUACUCCAAUUCCCAAGAUCCAUUUCUGAGCCUAUACCAGCAUAUCAAUGGUAAAAGUUGAAAAAUUUGUAUUGCAAAUUGCACUGUUGCAAAUUUCUGCUUUUAUCUUUAAGAGAAAAA